UUUUGUUUUCAGCCAAUUUACAUCACAUCACGUUGAAAAUGGGAAAAUAAUAAUUACAUCGUCGCAAUUAAGAUGAAUUUCACCCUCGAUUUUAGUGCAAUAAACACUUCUUAUUACCAGUACAAUGGAACAAAUGUAUCAUGUGAUCUAUGCGAUACUAAUGUGACGUUGAGUUCUUGUGAUAGUUGUGACAACGGUGAUUCAUUAAUACCGUAUAAUGUGAGACCUGAGACUUAUGUGGUACCUGUGAUAUUUUUUUUAAUUUUUGUAAUAGGUGUUUUGGGUAAUGGUACCCUGGUGUUGAUUUUUAUUAGGAAUAAACAUAUGAGGAAUGUACCUAAUACAUUCAUCUCUGGAAUUGCCAGCGACAUGUGUUUCAUAUCCUGUCCUAUCUACAUAUCAGAAAUAUCAGAUAGAAAAAUACGCGGUCUAUUAUCAGGAAUGAUCAUGGUUAUGGACCACAUUGGAGCCAUCAUGAUCUACAUCUUAGGUCCGUUUACACCAUACUACGCCACACCCAUCAUCGGUUCGGUUAUAGUGCUGACAGAACUAAUACUGUUGACUCUAAUUCCUGAAUCGCCAUUGUUUCUAAUGAAGAAAGAUCGAGAAUCAGAAGCUAAAGAGGCUUUAAGUUUCUUUAAAUCCUACAAGAAUAUCGAUAACGAAGUUAGAGACAUAAAAGAGAUGUUAGAUCAGCAAAAGGAUAAAAAUAAAACAAAUUUAAAAGAUAUAUUGCGGGUUAAAAGUUAUAGAAACGCUUUCUUGAUAAUAAUCAUAAUAAAUUUGGCACCUCAAUUACUAGGUUACACCGCAAUGUUGAUGAAUUUGCAUACCAUAUUAGAAUCAGCAGGAUCUGUCUACAUGGAACCGUCAGUAGCAGCAAUUCUAUACGGUGCCAUAAUGUUUAUUGCUUCAAUAUUCUGUUGCCUAGCCGUGGACCGAUUUGGACGAAAAAUUUUAAUAAUAGUUUCAGCCCUUGUAUCAGGAUUUUGUGUGCUAUCUCUAGGGGUGUAUUUUCAUUUAAAACAAAUGGGAUUCAACAUUAUACGGCUCAGUUGGAUUCCGAUUGCUUCAGUGAUGACUUUUGCUUUAUUUUUUAAAGUAGGUAUAGGCAUCGUUCCGGUGAUAUUGACGGCUGAAGUAGCACCGAGUGCUUUUAAAGCCUUAGGGAUGGGUGUAGGGGAUGGUCUAAUGAUUUUGGGUAGUUUGUUGGCGGUGCAGUUGUAUCAGUUUGUUUCUAAAACGGUGGGGAUAUUUUUGCCGUUUUAUAUAUACUGCGCUUGGGCUGUGGUGUUAAUUGUUUUUACUUGUGUUUAUAUUCCGGAAACCAAAGGCAAAGAUUUAUAUGAGAUUGAGAGGAUUCUGGGUGGGGAGAAGGGGAAAAAAUCCAGAUCGAUUUCGAUAAGGUUAUAAUAUUGUUUACAGGUAAUUUGGUUGGUUUAUAGGGUCGGAUUCAUUACCAAAAUUCGGGAUAAUAUUGCCAGCAUACAUUGUUAAAAAUAUUAACACUUGUGAUAAUAGAAGGAAAAAGACAAAAUUUAAGAAUAAUCUGUAAGAUUAUAGAAAUAAGAGGCCUGUGACUCAUUUCAAGGUUUUUUUCGUACUAUAACUUGGUAGAAAAAAAAGUGGUAUAUGAAAUUAUUACCUACUAUUUUAUACACAAUCAUAGGAUAGUGAAUUCUACUUAUACUGAAAAUGAGUUGGUCAUAAAUUUAAAAAAAUGUUUGCUCUAAGUGGGAGUAAAUUAGUUUCUGCUAUUAGUGGUAACAGAAGAGUCAAAAUAGAUCAAAAUCUAAUACUCGUAUUAGCCCAGAUAAUUAUGAUUAUUUUUAUAUACUGUUAAGCUUCUUCCAUUUUAUACAGAAUUACUUCUCAAAAUGAUUUUUAUUAUUUUCUAAUUUGGGUUACUAUGUCUGCAAUUUUCUAGUCAGAUCCAGGUUGGUUUUUAUUUAUUUAUCAUGACUAUUCUUUUGUAAUAUUUAACAUUUUGCUUUUAUAAGAUGUUAGUUUUAUUUUCUUAAUCAACCAAUACUCAAUUAUUCUUUUAAUGGAUGUUAAAUAUUUCAUAAGUAUUUUCCAAGACUGUCGUAAUAACAAUAAUUUUAAUAACAAAUGAUAAAAAUGACAAAUAAGUUUAAAAAUUAUUCGGAAG